GCUGGUGCCGUACGUACGCGUGACGCGUUGGACUGGUCUUGUUUUGGCAGUUUUGUUUCGAUAUUCACGGAUUGCCAGUCCUCCAAAAGGCGUUUUGUAUUGGUUAUACAACACGAAGCUGCGGUAUUGUACAUUCCUGCAUAUGUAUUAUUCAUACCUAGAUAUCAGACUGUACAUUGUUGGUGUUGAAGCUCUGCUGUGGAGAGAAAUCCCGACAGAAAUGGUAUCGAUGGAGCAGUGACUCUGUGUGUGGGCUGAUUCAGGGUGCUGGUACGUGUAGUUUCACAAUGGCAGAUGGAGGCAGUGAUGAUGAUGUCAUUCACCUGGCAAGCUUCAACGUCCAUCGCAGCCAAGGCUCCCGUUCCCGUAAGAGGGAAUUCAUCACCAUUUCUGAUGACUCGGAUGAGGAGCCUGUGACUCUGGUACCCGGCAGCCCUGUUUUAGUCCCGGACGACGCAGAUGAUGACGACGUCAGCAUAUUAGAGCUGCUAACUCCUGCACGCAAACACGUGAUUCGCCCAGCAGCGAAAUGGGGCGGGGCCUCGCACAACCUAAUUCAAGUUGUAGGUUAUAGUAGCGCAACUUCUGGGGUUCCCACGGGGGACCCUGGUUCUGCCCCGUCUGCUACCUCCAGAGAUGCCAAGGCCAGCUCCUCCGCGGUAAGGCCAGCCAUACGGACACAGACCCUAGUGCAGCCUAGCACUUCUGGACAUACGCAGCCACAACCUGGCUCUUCAUCACACACACUGUCUCAGCCAAAACUCAACACAGACUCACAGCAACAGAACGGUACGUCAGCACAUAUAAAAGUGGAACCCCAUGCAGUUUCUACCCAAACCCCAUCUACCUCCACAAAUGCCAAGGCUAGCGCCAACACAUCCAGUGCACCUACACGAGUACUCCAUCAGCUUCAGCCCAGCACAUCUGGACUCAUUCAGCCAAAAGCUGGAUCUUCAGCGCACGUGAAGGUGGAGCCCCAGGCGAGUACAUCUACUAGUGCCACACACAAUUCUUGUGCGGUUGCAUCAAGUUCUUCUACAAAGACUCAAGAAAAGGCUAAUACAAGUACUCAUUCACAAGACAAUCCUCAGGCCAGUACUUCAUCUGCACAGUCACAGUCUCACACGCGGACGCAGCCUCAGCCCGGUACAUCUACACAGCUCCAGCCCAGUGGGACCCCAAUCCCACAGCCCCGCCUCAUCCAGGUGAAGCAGGUGAAACUAGUCGUUCUUCCCCAGCGGCCGAUCAUCCAUGCAUCUGCUCUCAUAACCCAAACCCAGCUGCAGGUCAGGCCCCAGAACCAGCUGCAGCCCGUGUCACUCCAUCGAAUGCAGGGCAAUCUCGUUCAGAUUGAACCACAGCCCCUGGCCCAGGCCCCCGCCCAGCCUCCAGUCCAAGCCCCUCAACUCCCUCAGGUGAUGCCGGUGAUCCCCCCCGCAGUGCUAAUAGCUGCAGCCCCAGAGAGACUAGGACCUCCAGAGGCAGGUCACCGGAUCAUCCUGGGGAGCCAAGCGCCUGGGGAGGCUGUUCCCAACCCUCCUCCACAGGCUGGUGCCUCUGGCGUGGUCCCACCGGCCCGCGGCCUCUACAUCAGGGUGCCUAACGUGAACUCUAACCCUCAAGCUCCUCAAGCUCCCACCGCUUCAGUCCCCCACAACGGUGGAGAGGCUCGUCUUCUUCUGGCUCCAAACCCAGAAAGGGCCAAUCCGGCCCCCGGUCUGGUCGCAGUCCCUCCUGCACCAGAGGACAUUCCCCGAAUAGAGGAUGCAAGGCCGGGUCCCUCUGCACCGCGAGGGAGAGCAGAGCAGCAGCCCCACAUUAGAACCCUUAUCACUGGUGUUUUGGAUCUAUUCCCAGAUGUCCAGGAAGCCUAUGUAGCAGAACUGAUCCAAACGAAUAAUGUGAAAGACUUGAAUGUUAUCUGUAACCUGCUGUUGGAGAACCCGGAGUAUCCCAGGGGGGAUACGGCAGCAGCCACAGCAGCUCCCACCAGCAUCCUACUGGAGUCUGGAGACACCCAGACAGAGGUGACCGAGGACCUGUUUGACUAUGCCAAACUGGGCACGGUGGGACCCGAGGCUGUGAUGCAGGCUGCCGACUUGCUCAUGGCAGAUUUCAGGAUGCUCAGUUGUCAGGACAUCAAAUGGGCCCUCAAUGCUCUGAAGGGACACUAUGCAAUCACACGCAAGGCCUUAUGUGAAGCUCUGAAGAAGUGGCAGGAUUCAGGCGACCCCUCAGGGAAGAGACGACGGAGCAGAGCCUCCUCCGAGCGCUGCUACGUGGAUUUCCAUUUUGAGCACGGCUCCCUCUGUCCAGCAGUUUCGGCGAAGUUUGACAAGAGGAUGUAUUUCUUGGAGAAUGACCGUCGCUACUGCAGGACGUACAGCAGUCUGGAGGCCACCGUGCAGAAGGAGCUUUCCUUCUAUCAGCAAAAGGCCAAGGAAUGGGCAGAGCAUGAGGACUUCCUCCUGGCUCUGCAGGUCAAUGAAGAUGAAUACAAGAUGGACGGCCAGCUGAUUGAGUGUGGCUGCUGCUACGGGGAGUUUGCGUUUGAGAAGAUGACGCAGUGUUCAGACGGCCACCUGUUCUGUAAAGAGUGCCUGGUCAAAUACGCUCAGGAGGCAGUAUUUGGCUCCGGAAAGUCGGAGCUGAGCUGCAUGGAGGGGGGCUGCCCGUGCUCCUAUCCAGUAUGUGAGUUGGAGAAAGUCCUACCAGAGAACAUACUGUGUAAAUAUUAUGAGAGGCAGGCGGAGGAGGCCGUCGCUGCCACCUGUGCUGAUGAACUUGUGCGGUGUCCCUUUUGCAAUUUCCCAGCCUUGUUGGACAAAGACCGGUCUCUAUUUAGCUGUCCCAACCCUCGGUGCCGCAAGGAGAGCUGUAGAAAGUGCCACGUCCAGUGGAAGCAGCAUGUGGGGAAGACGUGUGAGCAGGUCCUGGAGAGGGACGAGAUCCGCAUGAGGGUGCUCUUCGAGGAGCGUAUGACGGCAGCUCGGGUGAGGAAGUGCGUCAAGUGCGGGACGGGCCUGGUCAAGUCGGAGGGCUGCAACCGGAUGUCGUGCCGCUGCGGCAGCUUCAUGUGCUACCUCUGCAGAGAGCCCAUCACCGGCUACAACCACUUCUGUCAGCACGCCCGCUCUCCUGGCGCUCCCUGCCGACACUGCCGCAAGUGCUCCCUCUGGACUGACCCGACGCAAGACGACGAGCGAAUCAUUCAGGAGAUCCAGAAGGAAGGAGAGGCAGAGCUGAAUAAGAAGUGUGCAGCAGAUAAUUCAGGGAAGAGGGUCGGCCCUCCUCCGGAGCCCGUCACCGAAGCCAAGCGGCCACGCGUGGGUCCGCCCCAGGAAAACCCCCAGAACCCCAACCCCGCGGCCCCUCCUCACCCACAGGCGGUGCAAGCUCCCCUGUUCGUGCCUCCACGCGCCCGCUACCCGCCAGCUCCGCCCCUGGGCAGGAUGUACCACCAGGUGAUGCUCCCCCGGCUGCCCCCGGCCCCCUAUGUGCCCCCCCUACAACCCCUGGCCCCCCUGAACAAUAACAACAACCACCAUCACCACCACAACCCUCCCGUCAACCCUCAUCACCACAAUUUGGACAUGAUGGACCUGCCCAUGCACUACGGACCGCCACACCGCUACUACAGACGCUUCUAACACACGCUCUGUGGCGAGUGUGUUAACCCUGGUGCGAUCUGCUCAUCCUCACACACACACACACACACGCUCGCUCACUACAGUUAUACUUUUCAUUUCAGUGCUGUUUUUGAUAUCUGAUGUUAUUUUGUAUCCCUUUCAGUGUGCAUCGCCGUUUUCUACUCGUUCAUCCGUUCUCAUGAUCCGUGUGCAGAUUUCAGACACGCCGCUCGUCGCAAAAAACACACUGAAAUGAUAAGUGCAUCUGUGGGACGACACUUUGCCUUCUCCCACGGAGCUUGGGACUUCAAUAAUGAGACCGAUCCCCACGUUACGUGUUCCUCUUUUCAUCUCUGUCUGUUUAAAUAUCGGGGUUGGACGGUUUAGAAUCUUGAGACAAUUUAUUUCCAGUUUAUACAGAUAUUUUUGAGUACAUAAUUGAAAAAAAAACAGUUAGCAUUCCCUUCUGUAUCUUUUGUGUAACAGGUGUGAGACCACACGGUUUUCUAAUAAAGUUUAUGUUCACAUUGC